AUGGAUUCCGGAUAUUUCGGGGAAGCUUUGUCGGGAAACGAGGAACUUACCGUCGCCACCGACUGGGACAUCGACAGCUACCGAUCAUCGGCCGAUACACUCGCGCUAUGGAAUCUGAAGAAGUGGUUUAUGGAGCUCCACAAGGAGUACAUCGCCGAGGACGAGCUCGUCCCGUUAGCACAAGCUUUCGCGAAUUCCCAAGCCUACGGAUGCGUGUACCCUCCCGCGAUGAUGGAGCGACUAGCGCAGUUGGGCGAACCGAUCGCUCGUAUUUAUCAGAAUCUGCGGAGCACCAAAGCGGUCCGCCAUCUCGUACCGGCCGGAAAAGCGGCAUUACUGGAACUGCGGCAGGUUUCGUAUGAGCAGCACUACGCGGCACUUAUUUCUCAUCAGACGGCCAACUUGCGACCUGUUAUCCCGGUCCGCCGGCUGGCCGAUAUCUUCCAGAACAUCGUCGUGGUCAACAACUCUCUUAAGGAUACGGUACAGUGGUUGGAGCGGCUCGGCGCCAGUACCAUUUCGCUCGUGAUGUGCCGGCUCACGCACAAAACGUACGAAGUGAAGGCCUAUGCGGAUCACUUUUUCAUCACCAAAGCGGCCGGUCAGUACGAACAGGCGCAUGCCAAUUGUGUGUCGAAUUUGAUGGAAAUUCUGAAAUGGUACUGCUACCAGGUGAACUACCGGCGUCAUGUGGAUGUUAACGAGUAUAACGUCGAGCGAUUGGUGCGGCCAGACUUGGAGGAAGCAAACGCGAUCGAUUCGAACAAUGUCGGCUAUCGUAUACUGAAGAGGCUCGGAUGGACAGGAGGAGCUGGGCUGGGCAGUCAUCAACAGGGGAUAGUGAAACCGAUCGAACUGGGACGUUAUAGUUAUCGCCGUGGACUGGGCAGCCCACACAAAUGGCCUAAAUCAGUCCGUGGACUAAAACGGCUACACGCCGAUUGCCAAAUGGACAUCCCGUUCUAUCAGCAGUUGAUGAAAAUGUUUAUCCAGCGGAAACCGUACUACGAUCUAAUAUUUUCACCCGAGUUCACGGAAGCCGAACGAACCCUGUUGAGCAGGAUGGCAAGCCAUUAUCGCAUUCGAUACGAGACGCGUCAAACGUUGAGCGGUAUGUUACAGUUUGUCCUGGUGCGAUAUCCGUUCUCUCCGCACGAAAUACUGGUGCAGGUGCUCAUCUACGAGCAUCCAUUGUUUAAGAAAUUCUUCGAAGUCAUCCCCCCAAAACUAUGUUUGAUAGCCAAAUCAUGA